GGAGCACUUGGACUUACCUGAAAAACACGCUGAAACCCAUAGAAGCCACAGGACAGAGCCACAAAUAUCCAAAACACAGCAUUUAUCAGGAAUAUGGCCCAAACAUCAGCGUUAGCCAAAAUCAUUGACCCUCCCAUCGAUCCUGUGCAGAUGUUUAAGCAUCUUCUAGAGACAGUUGAUCAAGGGAAACCGGAUGGCUCGUUUAAAGAGAUGAAUCUGGCCACUAUAGAUGACGAAUUCGGGGUGCUCAACCGAACUGUGGUAUAUCGUGGCCUCUCCAGCGACAACUAUGUGUUCUACAUCACCCAUCGAUACACGCGCAACUGCAAGAAUCUCCAGGCCAAUCCGAAGGCCAGCAUAACCUUUUAUCUGCCGCUCGUAAAGGAUGAUGCUGAUGGCAAGGACACCACAUGGCAGGUGCGUUUGAUUGGGGCCACGGCAGUGGAGCUACCCGUAUCUGAAAUGGAUGCCUUGUGGGACAAAGAGGAUUUGCCGGCCAAGAUACGUGGCCACGUCUUUCCCUGUGGCGAGCCCGUGGACUACGAUCAGCUAAAGUUGAAGCACGACACCUUCCUGAGAGAGCACUUGACCUCAGGGAAGCCCAUCGAGAGGCCAGCUAGCUACACCGGCUGGAAAUUCCAGCCCCAACGCUGGGACUUUCUCAAAGUGGGCCAGGGCCUGAUAGCCGAUCGUUUUCAGUAUCGCCUGCAGAGCAACGGUAAAUGGGAGUCCAUGCACGUUUCCACCUGAAUCCUGAGCUUUUGGGGCUUUUGGGAGCUUCACUUGAUUUCAUUUUAUUCAACAAUAUCUUUCUACAAACAGCUAAAAGUAAUUUCUAACAACUAAAUGUGCUUCUUUUUCGACAUGUUUAACAUACAAUUACAGCAUAGUUAAUAAAUAUUACACAAAACAGCAAAAAAAAAAUAGAAUAGAAUAGAUUACGUAUAAAAAGAG